UGUGAGUGAUCAUUCAACAGGAGAUCGAAUUUUUGGAAAAGAAAUAUGCAAAUCGAAUACAAAAAGUGUACGAAAUUGUUUUCCGGCUGUGGCGUCGCGUCACUGUUGGGAGUAUUGAGCUAUGAAGCAUACCGGACGUACGCCGCCCUUUCUUCGCUGGUUGACACACGUGUGCUAGAUAUUGACCGCAAGCGACCCGACUACAUCUACAUUAAGCACCACAUCUACCGCCAGUCCCUGCGCGAACGUGCCCUGGAUGCGGAGAAUCAGCACCGACUGCUUAACAUUGUCGUACAGCCGUUCGAGAAAUGGUGGAAAGCGCUGAAGCAUUCCGUCGCCUGGCGGUUGCUUCGGAUCGCUCAGCAGGGCGAUCAGGCCGAGCGGCUCAAAGCCAUCCAUCAGCUUGCACAGAUCGAUCAUUUAAAAGAUUGGGACUUUCAACAUUUGGCUCAGCUGUGCGAUUACCGGACAGCGAUCUCACUAGCCCGCUCCAACUGUGACACUCGCUGGUUCCUACCGCCACGUCAGUAUGGCGUUGAGAAGGAGAUGCGCGAGGUGUUGAUCGACAUGAAAGCAAUGCUGGAAGUGCUAGCACCCCACAAAUGUGCCGCCUAUGCGUUGGAGCAAACGUUCGGCAGCUCGGGACACAUUCGCGAACCGGAUGGUGAUGAAGUGACGUACCAGAUGUCACCAUCUCGCUUCGAGUACGAUCAGCUCAAACAGUCGCUCAGUGCAUUGAUUCACCUGACCGGGCUGGUUGGUCCGGAAGGCAAACAACACUGCCGGCGAAUUGUCGAUGCCGGUGGAUUGCUGAUGCUGCUCGAGGCGGAAAAACUGUUCCGUGAUGAUAUCGAUAUGAAGCUGCUCAUUAGCCGACUGGUGGGAAAUUUGUCCGCCUGCGAAGGAUUGGGGUACGAGUUUUAUGCGAGCGGAUGGAUCGGUAUUCUGGCGCGCUGGAAGCGUGACAUUGAUAUGCGCAUGCAGGUGACGGCUGAUCUCACGCUGGAAAACCUCGAUCAGGACGAUCCGAAUGGGUUCCGGUAUGCGCCGAAGGUGUACCCGUUGCAUCCGCGUGGCCGUCAGCAAGCAAAACCGGCCGUCGAUGUGGUGUUUAUCCAUGGAUUGUUAGGAGGAGUUUUUGUGACAUGGCGUCAGAAGGAUCUCAAACCGCAGGCUGCCAGCUUACUAGAGGGCAUUGCACCGUACAAAGAUGAACUGCUUACGUUCCAAGAGUCAACCACAGCCGUACCACGGGAUCCCAUGAUCAGCGACACCGAAACCAAAGAACUAAUCGAGGCACUGCAACAAGAAGAACCGCUCGGCGCGGACUGGACCGUCGUUUAUCCGGACGUGCCGUUGAAAGCCGACGAAGACGGUCGAGCAGGAAAGCCCUCUGCCACCGCGGAUGGUGCCGCCUGCAGCGUUUCGGGAGACCAAUGGCUACAGGAACCGCUCGAAUCUGGCCAACGUUCCUUCUGCUGGCCAAUGGAAUGGUUACCGAAAGACUUCCCGAGCAUUCGCGUUCUUGGGCUCGAUUAUGAUUCCUCGCUUUCGCAGUGGUCUGCGACCGGUUGUCCAUGCGAAAAGUACGACGGCAAACUCCAGAAGCGUGCGGCAGAAUUUCUAGAAAAGCUCGCCACCUCGGACGUUGGUCAGGAUCGGCCAAUCAUCUGGGUAGGCCAUUCGAUGGGUGGACUCCUAAUCAAAAGCAUCAUGGUGCAGGCACUCGAGAGUCCCAACCCGAAAGUGCGCCGACUGGCGGAGAACUCCCGUGUCGUCAUGUUCCUUGGUACGCCCCAUCGGGGCAGCGGUGUGGCCAAGCUAAAACAGCACACAUCCGCCCUCGUGUGGCCCUCGGUUGAGGUUCAAGAGCUCGAAGAAAAUUCCACCCAGCUGUUGCAUCUAAACAAAACGUUCCUCCGUGCAGUCGAUGGGCUUGGGCCACGGAAGCCCGAAAUCAUUACCCUCUGCGAGGGUCGUCCAACUGUACUGACGUCGUUCAAGCUUGCCAUACACGUGGUGCCGGAAAGCUCGGCACGGAUUGAUGCGGGCGAUUUCUAUCUCACCAGCGAGGAUCAUCUCAAUCUCAGCAAACCCAUCUGCCGGCAAUCGUUCCUUUACCAACGGCUUGUCGGCGCCAUUCAGGAUGCAAUGCGCCCGAGUGAAGUGGAUAGCGUGCCAGCAGCCAAGGCAGCCCUCAACACAGCACACCACCAGCAACAGCAGCUGCAGCUUAUUUUCCACGGUACAAAGAAAAGUGGCAGCUCAGCAUCGGCAGCACUGUCCGGGCUUUUCACACAGCUGAAACAGUUUGAACAGCUGAUGAAAGUGUUUCUCUAAAUUUGG